AUGACUAAAAAGCAACUUCACGAGAAACUAUCUUCUCUUCUUGAUAACAUUGAAUAUAGCAAUAUGUUGGAUUCAUUCACUACAAUCAUAUACAAUCUGCAACAAGAAGAUAAGAACGAUGGGAAACUGCUGAUUCCACUCGAAGCCAACUUUCAGCUACCAAACCAAUUCCUGGGCGUAAAGACAAACAUGGCCGCAGAACGCUUUCUAUCAGAAGCCAAUAAGCUCAACGUGGAUGAAAACAAGAUUCUCGCAGCACAGAUCUACUUACAAGACACUGGUUUGAGCAUAGUUGAGACAGAAACAACCGAAGCAAAACAGUCUCAAAACCAAAUUAGCGAAUUCGUCAGACGCAAAUUUUUUGGUUGA